AUGGUCACGCUGCCAAGCUUCCUAGUCGACGUGCCUCGCACUCCCGCCAUUGCUGUAGGCGUACCCGUCGCACUCGGCUUUAUCCCAGGCUUGGUGACUCGCAACUCCAUCGAUAGCUGGUAUGACACCCUCAAGAAGCCAGUCGGAGAGCCUCCUCGCGCUGCCUUCCCUAUCGUCUGGACUGCGCUGUACGCUGGGAUGGGAUACGCUUCCCACUUGCUCGUCAAGGCCCUCGACACGAGCCCUCGUCUCGCCGUUCGGGAGAACGCAAAGACGGCGUUGACGCUCCACUAUGCCCAGCUGGCGCUCAAUCUCGUCUGGUCGCCGCUCUUCUUCAGCGCGCACCAAGUCGAGCUCGCUCUCGUCGACAUCCUCACCCUCACAGGAACGGUCAUUGGCCUCACCACCGUUGCGGCAAAGGUCGACGAACGAACGCUGUAUGCCUAUGUACCGUACAGUCUCUGGCUCGGCUAUGCUUCCUACCUCAACGCCGGGAUCUGGUACAAGAACGGCGGCAAGGAGAACGUCCAACGUUUGCUCAACUCUGCCGAGGACAAGGCCAGACAGGCGGAGAAGAAGGCAAAGGAAUUCGGUCGUGAGGCCGAGAGCAAGGGCAAGGAGGUCAAGCGUGAUGCCGAGGCCAAGAAGGACGAGAAAACUCAGUAG